AUGCUAAGAAAUUCGAGCAAUAAACAUAAUGCUAACCAGGAGCAAGGUACCAAAAAUAAUGCCACGACUUCAGGAUCCAAUUUAUUCCAGAAUUUGAAACGAUUUGCCACCAAUUCUACCGGCUCUAGCAAUAACACAAGUCCCAGAACCUCAAAUAGUUCUGAGCCUUCUCAAGUGAAGAGAGAAAGUAUACCGCAAGGUUCUACGUCUUCAUUGCAUUCUUCAAAUGAAAUAAAACCACUGAUAAAAAAUACCACUUUAAAUACCCAGAACUUAUCACAAUAUAUUAAUAGCAAAAAUAUACCGGAUCAUUCGAGGUCACAAUCAAUUCAAUCAUCUUCAAAAUAUUCUUAUUCAUCAAGAAGAGCAUCAUCACAAACGAAUCCCUCCGUCACAGGGUAUAAGCUUGAUCGACAGUAUACAAAUCAAAGUUCUGCUGUAAGCGUUCUCUCACAAGGUUCAUACUCUAAUUUGUCCAAAUUCAUGACCCAUGAUGGAAAACUUAAUUUAGAAAUGCCCACAGAUCCUUCAGAGAUUGAAUAUCUAUAUCAAGAAAUAAUGAUAAAAAGAAAUAUCUUACAAUCUCUUCCGGGUACAAAACAAGAUGAAUUAAUGAGUUACGAUAUAGGGAAAAAAUGGUUAAUAGUCAAGCAAGAUUUACAAAAUGAAUGGAAAAAAUUCAAAUCGAAGGGCGCAAAAGCAAGCCAUUCAAUCGGUCCAGAUAACAAUAAUAAUAAUAAUAAUAAUUACAACAAUCACCUGAUACUUGGAUCACCUUCGAAAAGUAAUAAUAUGAUCUCUCCAAAAUCAAACUUGAAUAAUUUUGAAAGUCCAUCAUCGUCUUUAUCAGCAUCAACCCAAACAACUACGAAUAAUUACAAACAAUAUAAUAAUAAACCUUCCAAAAGGAGUGCAUCAAAUAUAAGUCAACCCAAAUCUACAACUGAAGUUUAUUCAAAUUCUCAUUCUAAUUCAAGUAAUACUACCCUCACAGAUAAGACAAACCGAUUACCAAUAGAAUACGUAAAGAAAAUUAUAUCAGAUACAUUAACCUCUGAAGAAAUGAAAGAUUUAUGGGUCACAUUAAGAACAGAACAACUAGAUUGGGUUGAUGCAUUCAUCGAACAUCAGGGACAUAUAGCAAUGGCUAACGUCCUUAUGAAAUCCAUUUACAAGACUACACCGAAUGAGAAAUUGACUUCUCAAUUAUUAGAAAAGGAAAAUUCAUUCUUUAAAUGUUUCAGAGUUUUAUCAAUGUUAUCACAAGGUCUUCGAGAAUUUACAAAACAUGAAUUGAUGGCACAAACUAUAGCAAGAGGAUUAUUCUCUACAACUUUAUCAACUAGGAAAAUGGCAACGGAAAUAUUUGUUUGUAUGCUUAAUAAGAAGAAUCCGGAAAGAUUUAAAGUCAUUUUGAAUGUAUUGGAUCAAAAAUUUAAAAUUGGACAGAAUCUUCAUAUGGCACAUAAUUUGAAAAAAUUUGGUGAAUAUUUCGGUCCUUUAACUUUAGAUAGUAAUUUAAAAGUUACAAGAGCUUGGUUAUUUGCUGUGGAACAUAGUCUAGACGGGAGAGGUAAGAUGGGAUCCUUUGUUGGUGCAUCAGAUGAUUAUAAAAACUCAGGUGGUGAGAAUGCAACUUUGGAAUAUUGUCAAUGGUCCAUGAUAUUCAUUAAUCAUCUCUGUUUAUGUUCAGACAAUAUUAAUCAAAGAAUGCUAUUAAGAAAUAAACUGGAGUAUUGUGGUAUUGUCAGAAUAAUGAAUCAAAUUAAAUCAUUACAUUAUGAAAAAGUUAUAGAACAAAUUGACGUAUAUGAAAAUAGUAAACUGGAUGAUAUAAAUAAAUUAUUGGAAUUAAGUAACAAGAACGCAAACAUCAAUUUACAUGAUCCAACAUCAUUAGUGAAAAAUCUUUGGGAUGCAUGUAAAGGGACAGAAAAUGAAAAAUUACUGAUCUCCUUAGUGCAACAUCUUUUUUUAUCAAGUUCUCAACUAAUUGAAGAUAAACAAGAUGCAACACAACUAUCCAAACAAUUGAAAUUGAUGGAUUCAUUAGUGACCAACGUAAGUGUGGCAUCUACUGAUCAAGAAUCUACAAUGAAUAUGGCAAUACAGAGACUAUAUGAUGCAAUGCAGACAGAUGAAGUAGCAAGGCGAUCAAUCCUAGAGAGUAGAACUUUAACUAAAAAACUUGAAGAAUCACAAGCUGAAAUAGACUUACUGAGUCAAAAACUUAAAAAUGCAGAACAUGGGUUGGUGGGCCAAUUACAAGAUGAACUUAGACAACGAGAUAGAAUGUUUGCCAAAAAUCAAAGAAUUACCGAACAAUUACAAGCAGAAUUAGAAGAUUUGAAAAAGAAACAUUUGUUGGAGAAACAUGAACAAGAAGUAGAAUUACGUAAGAUGUUGACCAUAUUGAACGCUAGAUCAGACAAAGGGGAGAUAGAGAAGAAAUCCUCUAAAAAACAUAAACGAAUUCCUGGUUCAUUUGAAUCCUCCAAGAAACAAAAUAUUCAAAAAGUACUUCAAGAAGGUUUAAACCGUACGAAAAAGGAUUUCACUAUGGAUUCUAAAAGUUUUGGUAUGACUGUACAACCAAAUAAAAGACUAAAGGCAUUAAGGAUGCAAAUGGAGGAUAUUGAAAAUGAGGCAAGGGAAUUAGAAAUGACCAAUUUUGCAGAAUUUGAAAAAAAGAAACUUGAACCUGCACCAAAGAUCAAAAAGCUAAAACAGAAGAAGCAAAAUAAGAAUGAAAAAAAAGAAGAAGAUGAUAAGAUAAAAAAAUUGAACGAACUGCGACAAACAUUGGCCAAUAUUCAAAACGAAUCAAAUGAUAUAUCAAAAUUUAACGUUGAAGAGCGUGUCAAUGAACUAUUUAAUGAGAAACGUUCAACAGCCUUACAACGUUUGAAAGAAUUGGAAACGAAAUACAAAGACUUUGGAAUAAACUUCAACAUUGAUGAUAUAUCAGAAAAAACAACAGGUAUUGACAAUUCAGGUGAUAAAUCUACAGAAUAUUCAAGCUUAGAUCCUAAUGCAUAUCAAAUAAAGUUAGACGAAUUGAAUAGAAUAACUGAACAAUUAUUGGAUGCACAAGCGAAAUUAAAUGAAAAGAAUUUAAAGGAUUCGUCCAAUAAAUCCACCUUUUCAGAAUCCUCUUCUUCCUCAUCAUCAUCAAGUUCAUCUUCCUCUUCAUCAUCUUCUUCCGAUGAAGAAGAAAUUGAUGAUAUCAAGUCGCGCGACAGGCAAAGUGAAAUUUCAGCACAAUCAACGUCAUCAGCUGCUGGAUCGUUUUUGGAAGCAUUAUCUCAAAAAUAUGCAAUGGGACAGAAUAAUCCAUCAUCACCACAAAGAGAUCGCCCAGUAAAAGCUUCACAAUAUGAUUUCAUUAAUCGUGUGAGGAAAAAUAACAUUACUCCACAAUUUUUGGAAGAGUUGAGCGGCAAAGUCGUUCCACCUUCCUCUGGCCUCUCAACGACUACCAAGGUGGUCGAUGUAACCUCCGGCGGAAAGUCUGAAACUGCAACUGAAAACGUACUGGAAAACACUACAGAACCAGUUACUGAGCAUAGUUUUCGAAACGCUGUACUUUCUAAUGAUAAGAUUGACAGAGAAGAAAAUGAUACAGUUAUAUCUACAACUGAACCUACAGAAAAGAUAGGCUUUAACGCUGAAGAAAAAUCAGCGGUUGCAGCUCCUCCACCUGCACCUCCGCUUCCUGCCAUAUUAGAAGGGCGCAGUGAAGAAGAAGAUAGGUCAACAGCUAAUACAAAUAUUUCAAAGACCUCUGUAUCACCUGUGCCCCCUCCACCACCUCCACCGCCUCCUCCUCCUCCAUUGGGUCUAUUUGGAUUCAAUUCAAAUAUUCCAAAAUUAGCCGAUACUGAGCCUUUGAAACAAAGUGCGUCAUCUCCGGCACUAUCGUCGCCAGCUCCUCCUCCUCCUCCACCUCCACCUCCCCCCGCUCCUCCCAUGUUACCAACAAAUGGUCCAAAGAAAGUACUUUCUUCACCACUGUUACCACAAUCUCCAUCAUUAUUCGAAAAUUAUCCUCGUCCUCAUAAGAAAUUAAAACAAUUACAUUGGGAAAAAGUCGAGGCAACUGACAAUUCAAUUUGGAGAGCCAAUAAAGCUGAACAAUUUGCUGAUGAUUUAUAUGAAAAGGGUGUAUUAUCUGAACUAGAAAAUGCCUUUGCAGCAAGAGAAAUAAAAUCGUUGGCAUCGAAACAGAAAAAAGAUUUACAGAAAAUUACCUUCUUAUCUCACGAUGUUUCACAACAAUUUGGUAUCAAUCUGCAUAUGUAUGCUUCAUUAGAUGUGCCAGACCUUAUUACAAAGAUUCUUAAAUGUGACAGAGAUUUCUUGCAAACUCCAAGUGUAAUAGAAUUUUUGUCCAGACCUGAAAUCGUUGAUGUUUCAGUAAAUUUGGCUAGGAAUUAUGCCCCAUAUAUGCAAGAUUGGGAAGGUAUUAAGAAUGUUGAAGAUGCAAAACCUCCUGAAAAAAAUCCGAAUGAAUUACAAAGAGCUGAUCAAAUAUAUUUACAAUUAAUGGUUAACCUUCAAUCAUACUGGGGCUCUCGUAUGAGAGCGUUAAAAGUUAUUACUACAUUCGAAAAAGAAUACAACGAGUUGUUAACAAAAUUAAGGAAAGUCGAUAGGGCAGUUAGUUCUCUUCAAGAAUCAGAAAACUUGAAAAAUGUCUUCGGUGUUAUCUUAGCAGUUGGUAACUAUAUGAAUGAUACCUCCAAACAAGCACAAGGUUUUAAAUUAGCAACUUUACAACGUUUGACAUUCAUUAAGGAUUCUACAAAUACUAUGACUUUCUUAAAUUAUGUAGAAAAAAUUGUUAGAACCAAUUAUCCGGCCUUCAACAAAUUUUUAGUUGAAUUAGAACCAGUUUUAGAUGUCGUCAAGAUUUCAAUUGAACAAUUAGUAGAUGACUGUAAAGAGUUUUCACAAUCGAUUGUAAAUGUGGAACGUUCUAUUGAAAUAGGUAAUUUGAGUGAUUCUUCCAAAUUUCAUCCUUUUGAUAGAGUAUUGGCGAAGGUACUACCUUCGUUACCGGAUGCAAGGAAGAAAGGUGAAUUACUUGGUGAUGAAGUGAAGCUUACAAUUAUGGAAUUUUUAAGAUUAAUGCAAAUAUAUGGAGAAGAUUCAGGCGAUAAAUUUGCAAAAAAUUCUUUCUUCAAGAAGUUUGCUGACUUCAUUACCGAAUAUAAGAAAGCACAAACGCAAAACUUAAGAUUAGAGGAAGAAGAAAAAGUUUAUGAAAGACACAAAAAAAUGGUUGAAGAACAACAAAGGAAAGCACAGGAAGCUGAAAUUUCGAGGGUUAACUCUGGUACAGAUGGUACUAAAGAUGAUGAAGAUGGACCUGGUGAUGGACGUGCAAUUAUGGAUACAUUAUUGGAACAAUUGAAGAAUGUAACUCCAACCAAUAAAACAGACCCAUCUUCUGCUCGUAAGAGAGCAUUAGUUAGAAAAAAAUUGAUGGGUGAAUCUACUUCUAACAUUUUGAAAGAUAUCGACACCGAGGAUGACUCUAUUAUAUACUCACCUGAUGCGAAAAAACCGAUGGCAACCACAGUAGACAUGGCAAAUACCACUUUAGAAUCUGAACUUGAUGUUUCUUCUCCCACUAGACAUAACUCUUCACCAAUUAAAAACGAAAUAUCAAUGAACGUUGAUGAGGAGGAAGAAGAGAUAGGUAACAGAGCUCAGGCAUUGCUAAUUCAGUUGACUGGGUCUCAUAGCCCAACGAAACGUCACUCAUUAUUAAAUGAACAUAAAGAAAGACUUCGUGCGAGAAGGAGGAGAACUACCAACGAAUUCGUGUCUGGAAAAUUACAGUUUGUUGGAGAAGAUGAAACGAUAGUUAAUACUAAUGAAAAUAUGAAUAAUAAUGAGACAGAUUCCGAAAAUACACCCACAGAGACAACAAUUAUACCUCCGGGUAGUGCUGAUACUGAGACAACUUCACUGGAACAACCUGCAACUACCACUGAUGUAUCUUUAAAUAAAGACGAUGUUAAAGGAGUUGAUGACCACAAUUCUAAUGAUAAUGACGAAUAG